UAACAAACGCGUGUGUACGAGGUAAAAAAAAACACCAGAGAAAAGUUUUAAAAACAUGUCUAACACAAAUCCUUCGAGUGUUACCAUUAACUCCACCAUGGCAACUCUAACAAAUCAAACGGUAACGGGUUUGAUUUUGAAUACGACCCAAUCAACAGCUUUUAAAAAUUCUACUUUGAUUCCUUAUAAUAACACUUCUUUGUAUCCAAAUGCAAACGCUUCCACUAAUGGCAAUUCACCUUGGUAUUUUAACAAUACCAAUUAUUGGAAUAACUCAAUAUAUAAUCCUCCGGUGUGUAGUCCAUAUUGUCCCGAGUAUUAUCCCAACUACGUAACAAUCGAUCCACCAUUGAUUACAUAUUCGUAUACUUAUUCGUAUGCUUAUUACGUCUUAUUGCUGCUACUAUUGAUUGUGGCCAUUAUUUGCAUUAAGAUUGGUAUAUCACGACGUAGAGAACUGGAACGACGAGCUGCUAUCCAACGUAGAAGAGCUCUUCAACAAUCUCAAAAUGCCUAUGUUGCACCAACAAACAUCGAAAACAACACCAACAACGAUAACAAUAAUAAUAAUAACACUGAUGGAAAAGUGUUCGAUUUACCACCCGCUUACGACGAUGUCGUCCAAUCCUAUAUAUUGGCUAAACAGCUAGAACAACAGUCCACAGGAAAUUCCUUAAAUGAUAUAGCAACUGGCAUGACAGCCACCAACCCAUCAUCGAACACAAUUUCGGCAGCUAUUUCCACUUUAACAAUCGAAACUGAAAUAUCGAACAGUAAUCAUGCUAGUGCCACGAACUUGAAUAAUGCCUCAACCUCUAGCAUAAUGUCAGAGACAAAUGUCAUCUCUAGUGCUGUAGUAAAUCCAUCAUCUUCCUCAGCAUCAGCCCAACCUCCAUCGUAUGAUCAUUUAGAACUUGAGUUGUCCACAACGAAACUAAACAAUGAUCAUAUAGUUUAGAACGUUUUAUUACAUAUUCAGCUUUCUUAUUGAUUAAGCAAUAUAUAUUUUUUAAUAUUCCUAUUUAAUUGUAAUUAAAAUGAUUAAUAAAUAAAUAAAAAUUUAAACAAUAU